CAGCAGGAUCUGAGGUGCUCUGCAGUCUGCACAGUGAGAAACUCAAGCUCUUCUGUCUGGAGGAUAAACAGCCUGUUUGUGUGGUGUGUCAGACCACAAAGAAACAUAAAAAUCAUACCUUCAGUCCCAUAGAUGAAGCAGCACUGGACCGUAAGGAGGAGCUCAAGAUCCAACUGCAGCCCUUACAGAAGAAACUGGAGACCUUUAAAAAAGUUAAACUCAUCUGUGACCAAACAGCAUCACAUAUUAAGACACAGGCCCAAAACACAGAGAAUCAGAUCAAGGUGGAGUUUGAGAAGCUUCACCAGUUUCUACGCAAUGAAGAGAAAGCCAGGAUAUCUGCACUGAGGGAGGAAGAGGAGCAGAAGAGUCAGAUGAUGAAGGAGAGGAUCUCCACUCCCCCAGCCACAGUCAGAGCCAUAGCAGAGCAGAUGGAAGCUGAUGACAUCACUUUUUUACAGAACUACAAGAGCACAAUGGAAAGAGCCCAGUGCACACUGCAGGAUCUGAAGGGGGUUUCAGGAGCUCUGAUCAAUGUGGCAAAGCACCUGGGCAACCUGAAGUUCAGAGUCUGGGAGAAGAUGCAGGAGAUUGUUCAGUACACUCCUGUGACUCUGGAUCCCAACACUGCACAACCAGAACUCAUCCUGUCUGAGGAUCUGACCAGUGUGAUAUGGGGUGAGGGGAAACAGCAGCUUCCUGAUAACCCAGAGAGAUUUGAUUUCUAUCCUAAUGUCCUGGCAUCAGAGGGCUUUGACUCUGGGACUCACUGCUGGGAUGUGGAUGUCAGGGAUGUCAUGGACUGGACUGUAGGAGUGGUGGAAGAGCCCCUCGAGAGGAAGGGAGGCUCACCCUCUAAGACUGGACACUGUUCUGUGGAAUGUCGGUUUGGUACAGAAUACGCAGCCUAUUCUCCCACACAGGAUCACCCUCACCGUGAUAUAGAGCAGACGCCACAGAGGAUCAGAGUGCAGCUGGACUGUGACCGAGGAACGGUGGCAUUCUCUGACCCUGAUAAUAACACACACCUGUACACUCUCACACACAUGUUCACUAAGAGAGUGUUUCCGUACUUUCAGUCUCUCUGUAAUAUCUCUCCUCUGGUUAUCUUACCAAUGCAGGCCUCAGUGAGAGUAGAGCAGCUUAGCUAGAGCAACCUGUUCCAUGAUGCCAAGAGCUCCUAUGAGUCUAUGGCUCUGAUGUGCAGGCUUUGCGUUCUUAUUUCAUACAUUCUCAGUUGCUUCAUUACCAUGUUCAGUCCUCAGUAAGCGUGAAUCGGCUCAGUUAGAGCUACUGACAGUGUCUCGGUCUCAAACAGAGAACAAAUAAACUUCCUUCAAGUUAU